UUUUCAGUUGACCAAAGAAAUGGUGAUGGAGAAGCCAAGUCCCCUGCUGGUCGGGCGGGAGUUUGUCAGGUGUGGCAGGCAGUACUAUACUCUGCUGAACCAAGCACCUGACUAUUUGCACAGGUUUUAUGGCAAGAACUCUUCCUAUGUCCAUGGUGGCUUGGAUUCCAAUGGGAAGCCAGCUGACGCAGUCUAUGGGCAAUCUGAUAUCCACAAGAAGGUGCUGUCAUUAAACUUCAAGGAUUGCCACACAAAGAUUCGUCACGUGGAUGCCCAUGCUACUCUCAAUGAUGGUGUGGUGGUCCAGGUGAUGGGAGAGCUCUCCAAUAACAUGCAGCCCGUGCGCAGGUUCAUGCAGACGUUUGUGCUUGCACCUGAGGGUUCUGUUGCAAACAAGUUUUAUGUCCACAAUGAUAUCUUCCGCUACCAAGAUGAGGUUUUUGGUGACUCUGACACUGAGCCUCCAGAGGAAUCAGAGGAGGAAGGGGAAGAACCUGAGGAAAGACAGCAGACACCUGAGGCUGUUCCUGAUGAUAGUGGUGCUUAUUACGAGCAGACUGUCAGCAAUGACAUUGAGGAGCACCUGGAAGAGACAGCUGCAGAGGCAGAACCUGAGCCAGAGCCAGAACCCGAACAGGAACCUGAACCAGAGGUGCAGGAAGAAAAAUCUGAGCCAGCAUUAGAGGAGUCUGCUCCAGAAGAGGCUGUGGAAAAGAGUGCUUCUCCUGCUCCUGCUGAUCCAGCUCCUGCAGUGCAAGAGGACUCCAGGACAUUUUCCUGGGCGUCAGUAACCAGUAAGAACCUCCCUCCAAGUGGAGCUGUUCCAGUUUCAGGAAUACCACCUCAUGUUGUGAAAGUACCAGUCUCACAGCCCCGCCCUGAGGCAAAGCCUGAAUCUCAGACCCCACCCCAGAGACCUCAGAGGGAUCAGCGAGUGAGGGAGCAGCGAACAAACAUCCCACCACAGAGGGGUCCUAGACCAAUUCGUGAGGGUGAGCAAGGCGACGUGGAGACCAGGCGGAUCGUGAGAUACCCAGACAGUCAUCAGCUGUUCGUUGGGAACCUUCCCCACGAUGUGGAUAAAUCUGAACUUAAAGACUUUUUCCAAAAACUUGGCUUUUCUCUUGCAGGCUAUGGCAAUGUUGUUGAACUCCGUAUCAACAGUGGUGGAAAGCUCCCCAAUUUUGGGUUUGUGGUGUUUGAUGACCCUGAACCAGUUCAGAAGAUCCUUAGCAACAGGCCCAUCAUGUUCAGGGGAGAGGUACGCCUGAACGUGGAGGAGAAGAAAACACGAGCUGCCAGGGAGGGCGACCGCAGAGAUAACAGACCACGUGGACCUGGAGGCACUCGUGGGGGGCUGGGAGGUGGGAUUCGAGGGCCUCCACGUGGAGGAAUGUCCCAGAAGCCAGGAUUUGGAGCUGGAAGGGGGAUCGGGCAGCGCCAGUGAACGCAUCCCGGAUGUUGACAUGGUGACGCAAACCCUUUUUCCUGCAGAUUUGUGAAUUUCAGCCUUGGGUAUCUUGGAAUGUGGCCCUAGCCUGUUAUAGACUGCUACGUUUGAUACUAUUUUGGCCCUUUUUUUGUUUGUGUUAUGGUUUUGUGAUUUUUUUUUUUCCUAGUCCUUGUCCCAGAUUCCAGCUUUGUGGAACAAUGUUUUAGGAAAAGUGGAUUUUAAAAAGAAAAGAACUGAAUUUUCUUGCUCACCUCAAACUUACGGACUGGAUUUUUUUGGUACCAGUGGUUUUCCUAAAGGAAUGUCUCUAAUUUUUUUCUUUUUUUCUUUUUUCUCUCUCCCCUUUCUACUGAAUUUGAGUGCGUUUCAGUCAGUGGAAUAUAUUUCACGUGCAUGCAUUCAAGAGCCUGUAGGAAAACAUAGUACUUGGCAAGCAUUUCAAGGGCAGAAAAGCAAAACUAUUGAUCUCUUUUUGAGGGUCAUAUGAACAUCCUCUGGUCUGGAGAUACUGCCACUUGAAAAAUUGACAUUCACCCUUCUCUUUGGGGCGCUGUAAAAGUGGAAUAAUGGGUAUCCAUAGAAUCUUUUUUUUCUUUUGAUACAUGAUCACAGAAAGGAAUUCGAACUACUGUUUUACCACUUUAAAAUUUUGGAUUGUGGGAUAGGUUUUAAAUGUCUAGAACUUGACUCUUGAAACACUUUUCCUGAACUUGUGAAAUUUUUUAUUGAAAUAGGGAGUUUUUUUCAUGUUUAGUUUGUAUUUGUAUAAAAAAAAGCAAAAUUGUUGUGCCUUCUAUUUAUCUCUCAUUCCAGUCUUGGCAAAUUGUUUAAAAAAAAAAAUAAAAAUAAAAAAGGUCUAGAUUUGCUUUAUCAA